GUACAUUGUGUGGCUGACCAUGAGUCUCGAGGUCAUUAUGUCCAGGUAAUUAACAUUUAAUCCCCACCUCAGCUUUUUGGCAACCCGCCGGCUGACAUGGCUGGUCAUAGCAUACAACGCCAAAAGCAACUCUCUCAGCUCGCUAUUAUCAUCAUUGUUAUCCUGUUCGCUGCUGUGCUGGCACGCCAGCUAUUCUCGAAAGCAACCCUUCACGAUGAACACCCUCGUGCGCACAGCCCUCACACCUUCAUUGAGGGGCGCUGGAAAGACGUACGGUCGUCACUGGGCUUACCUCCUCUUCCUGACACCAUCAAACCAUCGGCUGCCAUCCUGCCCCCGUCGAUACCACCUCGCACAGGAAAGCUCGCCUCGCGCUUCGAUCUCCGUCGAAAGCGCGCCGAAGCAGAACUUCGGAGUCGGAGCAGACUUCACCUCGCUGCCGAUGUGAAAGACGCACCCCGCGUAUCAGUGCAAGCACUAGCUGCGUCAUUCCGCCGCAUUGCAGCAAUUGAGAAAGAGAUAGCGGAGAUGCGAGGCAAACAUGAGAAGUCGGGACAAAAGGUACGGGUUCAGAGACGUAUCGAGGACUGGCAGGACCCAACAAAUGCAAAAGAUGUAUUGACUACUGUUAUGAAUGACUAAAUGAUGCUCGCAGUCGACAAUCGUACCCGCCAUCGAGUAGACAUUAUGUGAUCGACAAUGUAUGACAGCGACGAUUACUAUCACUCCUGCUUGGCUGGAACAGGUCCCGCGCCAUCAUUUGUCUUACUCUUCAUCCAUGCAACGAAGUCAUCAAGUAAUGAUGGCCAAGCCUACGAGAUUUAGUGCACACAUAGUUACCACGCAAGAUGUGACGUACCCCAUCAGCUUCGUAACUGGACAAGGAAGGGUCCACAGCGUGGCAGAACUCGUGUACCUAUCUUGCAUCAGUACGUCAUAUGCCUGAUGAUGAAAGGA